AUGGCUACCCCCAGUGUCCUUACCUUUGAUGCUGAGGGUUGUGCUGUUGACUUCGAGGUCUGGGUCGAUGACCUACAGCUCUUCCUACAGUGCGAUAGGGCAGACGGACUCUCCCUGUUCGAUCUCACCUCUGGUGCCUCUCCUGCCCCGCCUGCUGAUGCUGACAGCACUGUUCGCUCACAGUGGGCCACACGCGAUGCUGCUGCCCGUCUUGCUGUGCGUCGCCACUCACCGACCGCUGAGCGUGCGCAUUUUAGUCAGUACAAGAGUGCUAAGACCUUGUACGACGGUGUAGUUGUACGCUACUCUUCCCCUGCCACUGCUGCUCUUAGCCGCCUCAUGCUGCCGUACCUGUUCCCUGACCUAGCUGCCUUUCCCACAGUCGCUGACCUCAUUACGCACCUUCGCACUAGUUACACCCGCUACCGCGCUGCGCUUCCCACUGAGUUCUGCGCCAAGAACACCCCCCCCAUGUACAUCACCCUCUACUACAUAGUCACCCGACUCCCUGACUCCCUUUGCUCGAUCAGGGACCAUUUCCUCUCUGUUUGCCCCACCACACUCACCGUUGAUCUCCUCGAGGAGCGCCUCCUGGCAGCUGAGAAGAGUAAAGUCGCUGUAGAAGCCUCUCGAGGUGACCCUCGUGCCCCUGUCUUUGAGGGGUGCUCCCCUUCCCCCCUUUUGCCCUCUUUUGCCUCUGCUACUGCCGUCGACUUCGUUGUCACCGAGUCGGUCGGCGUUGCGUCUGCCCCUAGCGGGCGACGCCGCACCGGCAAGGGCAAGGGGGGCAAGGGCGCUGGAGGGACUGGCGGGGGCGGUGGAGGUGGCGGUGGAGAAGGCGGAGGGAGUGGGGGUGGUGGUGGGAGUGGUGGCGGGGGUGGGGGCUUCAGUGGCGGCGGUGGCGGCGGAGGCGGCGGCGGCGGUGGCGGUGGGAGCGGAGGAGGAGGCGGUGGCGGCAGUGGCGGAGGUGGCGGCGGAGGAGGUGGAGCUAGUCGGGGUGGCUGUGCGCAGCGGGGCGGCUUCGGUGGUGGUCAGCGCCAGCAGCAGCAGCUUCGUGAGUGGUACGCUUCGCGUCAGCAGGGUGGGGGUACUGGUCCCUGUACCUACGUCCUGCGUACUGGCGACCGUACGGGUGAGCAGUGCGGGGGCCCGCACCCCACCCAGCGCUGCUUCGGCCGCCUGACAAACGCCUGGCGUCUCCAGUUCCCUGACGCCACUAAGAUCCCUCGCUGGGGAGAGCUGCAGAGGUCGGGGGUUGCUAUCUUUGAUCUUGAUUAUGAUGCUAUCCUUGCUGCCAUGUAUGCUGUGUCUACUAGUGAUGAGGGUGACUGUUACCUGUGUGUUCCGCCUGACCCGGGCAUUGAGGCGGCUGCUCUAGGUGCUGGUGAGGCUGCUGCUCUAGGUGCUAGUGCGUGUGCUGCCCCAGGUGCUGGUGCGUCUGCUCUCUCAGGCGGGGGGGGUUGA